CGGUUUUUCCUUUUCUCAUGGACCCAGCCACCCAGAUCGCUCUUGCAGCGACUCUGGGCAACUUACUCCAGGGCUGGGAUAAUGGAGCUAUCGCAGGAGCAUUACUCUAUCUCAAGCCCGAGCUGGGAAUACAAGGGAAUCCCAUCAUUGAAGGCAUUGUGGUCGGAUCCACGCUCGUCGGGGCUCUCCUCAGCACGAUCUUCUCGGGGCCUGGAUCAGACUGGCUGGGCCGGCGAGCUAUUCUCAUCGUCUCGGGGGUUUUCUACACGGCGAGCUCUGCUAUCAUGCUGUGGUCGCCGACUGUGCUGGUGCUGAUCUUGUCGAGGUUGCUGGUCGGUUCGGGUCUCGGCAUCGCAGUGACAGUGAUCCCGAUAUACAUUGCCGAGACUGCUCCUCCUGAGAUCCGUGGGACGCUGUCCACGCUGCCGCAAUUCAUGGGAUCGGUGGGCCUGUUCUUAGCCUAUUCGCUCUGCUUCUUCUUCUCGCUCUGGCCGACUCCAAACUGGCGGAUAAUGCUGGCGCUCCUUAUGGCACCAUCGCUGCUGUUCUUGGCACUGGCGAUCCUCUACUUGCCAGAGUCUCCUCGGUGGAUGGUGAGCAAAGGAAAGAUGCUGGAAGCUAGACUUGUGCUCCAGAGGCUGAGGAACAAGACGGACAUAUCAGCGGAGUUGGCACUGUUGGUGGAAGGAUUGGGUGUAGGAAGCGGCGGUUCACUGGAAGAAUGGGUGCUAGAACCGGCUCCACCGAAGACCAAGAGCAAUGGUUCGUCGUUUCUCGCGAAUGGAUCCAGCCACGUUUUGUAUACACCGGAAGAUGGCGGAGUCUCGUGGAUCGCCAAACCUCUGCUCGAAUCCGAUCCGACACACAGUAGCUUCUCGCAAGCCGGUGGCCAGUCUCCUUUCGUGGACCCCCUGGUAGCACUCAUUGGGAACCUCACCAAUGUGAGUGUGGCUCCUAGCGGCGAUCGCGAGCAAGAAAACUACGAGUCCGACGUAGAGAAAGGCGGGGGGGAUUUAGAAGAAGGUGGCGAAGAAGCGGUGGUGGGAGAGAUCGAGGAGCUCUUAACUCCGUUGCUGCGACGACGUGCGAGCUCAAAGUCUGUGAUCACGGCAGGAUUCUUGUCCAGGCCGAGCUCCAUGCUGGGCGUAACUCACAGCAGCAGCGGCGUGAAUGGGACUACGGUUGCGAGCCCGGUCGUGAGCGCUGGCAUCGGUAGCGGCUGGCAGCUUGCUUGGGAAUGGGAUAACCAGGAAAGAGGAGGACCAUUGUCAGCGACCAAAAACACCAACAGGGACUUUCGACGUGUUUUUCUUCUCCAAGAGGGUGCUGCUGCUGCCAACAACAUCUCUGGGAGUUUCUCUGUAUCAGCGCGUUCUCUGCCGGGCGUGGUCGAAGAUGGUGGUGGAAACGCCGUCGUCGAUCAGUCGAUCCAAGCCGCGGCUUUGAUCGGCAGGCCGGCUCAGUCGUUCCAGAACCUCGUCUCGGACGAGGUGGUCGGGCCGGCGAUGGUUCAUCCUGUCGAGACAGCCAUCAAAGGCCCGGCGUGGUCGGAUCUGCUAGAAGUUGGCGUCCGCCGCGCGCUCGUCGUGGGUGUUCUUCUACAAAUUCUCCAACAGUUCAGUGGGAUCAAUGCGGUGCUCUACUUCGUUCCCCAGAUCCUCCAGCAGUCCGGGGCCGAUGAACUUCUAGCACGUCUGGGACUCGGCUCGGCGUCAGCCUCGAUUCUCGCCAGUGGCGUCACCUGCUUGAUCAUGCUGCCGUGCAUCGGCCUGGCGAUGCGUCUCAUGGACGUGAAAGGAAGAAGGCAAAUACUCCUCGUCACGCUUCCAAUCCUCUUCCUCUCGCUGGUCACCAUGGUCAUCUCCAGCACUCUCGUCCCGGCUGGGAUCCUCCAGGCAGCAGCGUCCUUCGUCGGCGUCACAGUCUACGUUUGCGUUUUCGUGAUGGGAUUCGGACCCAUCCCAAACAUCCUGGGCUCGGAGAUCUUCCCGACUCGAGUUCGCGGCCUCUGCAUUGGGAUGUGCCAGGCCUCGAUGUGGACUUGCAACAUCAUUCUCACCAACAUGUUCCCGACGCUCCUCGGGGUGCUGGGAAUCGGGGGCUUGUUUGGCUGCUUCGCGGUGGUGGUGUUGGCGGCCUGGAUCUUCACCCUGUUCAAAGUUCCCGAGACCAAAGGCAUGCCGCUGGAGGUGAUCUCCGAGUUCUUUGCGAUGGAUGCCGCCAGCCAAGAUCACUCUUUGAAACUUUGAUCCUGAGAAGCUCUUUGUAUGACUUUGGAUUAUAGGAGCUGCUUGUAACAACAUCACGAAGAAUAGUUUCUCUUCUUUUCUUGAGGA